AGGCUAUUUCAUUUCCAAGAAACAUUUACCUUGAUGCAGUCAAAAAUGAUAUUUGCCAAAGCAAUUUUCUUUAUGCAGCUGAGUUACGGUGCAUUUUCUAGCGCUGAAAUUCGGUUGAUGAUGCAAAAAUGCACAAUCGAUUACGAAGGAAAAGAACUGCUGUUCACAAUAUCACCAGGCCAACCACAUGGCAGAAACCUGAGUAGGAGCACAAAUGAGGUGCAUGUGACAGGAAAGAAUUGCAGAAAAAUCCUUGAUUUGCUGGAGGAAGAUGGUUCUAACUAUUGCUGUCUUCCAGGAAUGAUGCAAUUUCCCAGUGAAAGCAAAACAUUAAAAUUUAAGUGCAACAUGAAGAAAUUGGAAGAUGGGAGGACCUACAUGACAUCAGUGUUAAUCAGCGUAAUGGUGAUGGCAGCUGUAUUGAUCAUAUUCCUGACGUUUCUCGUGAUCCGAGGAAAUAAAAAAUCCAAUGAUAUGCAAGUAAACCUACAGGCAGAUUCUCUUCAGAGUGUCGCUCCAGUGGAGACUGUUCAGUACAGCCAGGUCACCAUAAAACAAGCAAAAAAGAACUGGGUGAAUAGGAAAGCGGAUAAUACAGAAUAUGCCUCAGUAAGAGAAUUGUUCACGACUUACUCCAAUUCUGAAGACCUCAGUAGGCAGACAAGCUUUUAAAUAAGCCUCCAGAUUCCCAAAAUGCGGGCGAGGGGUGGGGGAAUGCUUAACGGCGAGAAUGGAUUUAGUGAAAGGAAUAAGUAUUGGAAUCUCCAGGACGUGACGGAUUCUCUGGAGAAUUUUAUAAGACUUUUUCUUCAUUGCUUAUACCUUAUUUAUGUUCUACUCUUACUGAUUCCUUCAAGGUGGUUAGGUUGCCACAGUCUUCUUAUGAAGCUUCCAUUUCGCUUAUUCUUAAAAAGGAUAAGAAUCUCACUGAAUGCUCUUCAUAUAGACCAAUCUCUUUACUCAUUGUUGAUGCUAAGAUCCUAUCUAAAUUUUCUAUUAUUUUUCUUCUUGGAUCCUCUCUUCCUUUAUCUUUAAAUAAAUUAACUGACAGUUUGGUGGUUAAACACACUUUGAGGAUCUGGCUACAGUUUAGAAAACAUUUCGGUUUAUUGAGAUUUUCCCUUUCUAGUCCUAUUUUUUUCAAUUUUUUUUUUAAAACGACCGAUCUGUUUUUUUAGAGAAUGGGAUAGAUUAGGCAUUAAACGAUUUCAGGAUCUGUUUGUUGAAGGGCAUCUUUCUUCUUUUGAGCAGGUCUCUGAAAUAUAACCUAUCAAAAACCCACCUUUUUCGAUAUCUACAGAUUACAGAUGUUUUAAGAUCUAAACUACAUAUAUUUCCUACCAGCCCGGAUAAGAACAUAAUACAUGCAAUCUCUAAUUUGAAACCUUUUGAUAAUGGCUCAAUAUCUGUGGUCUGUUGUUGGGACUGAGAAUGGCUUCUUUAGACAAAAUUAAAAAAGAUUGGGAAAAGGAUUUACAGACUUCAUUAUCUGAUGAGACCUGGAGGGCUAUUUUCAAAAUGGUUAAUUCUUCAUCGUUAUGUGCUCGUCAUUCCCUCCUACAAUUUAAAGUGGUACAGAGGGCUCAUAUGUCUAAAGACAAGCGCUCUCGUUUUUUUGCUGAUGUAUCUCCUUAUUGUGACAGAUGUAAUAAUGGAGAGGCUUCAUUAAUUCAUAUGAUUUGGUCAUGUUCGAGCCUUUAAAAAUAUUGGAAAGAUGUAUUUCAAACUUUUUCUCUACUUUUUUAAAGUUAAUUUUAAACCCAAUCCUUUGACUGCCUUAUUUGGUAUUAUUAAGGAAAGAGUUAUAAUUUUGGAGUCUUCUCAUUUGCGGGUAUUGGCUUUUAUUUCGCUUAUGGCUAGGAGGGAUAUCUUGCUUAAAUGGAAGGAGGCUGCCCGCCCCCCACACACACAGGCUCAAUGGUUAUGCGAUGUUAUGUCAUGUUUAAAUUUAGAGAAGAUUCGUUGUUCGACUUCUGAUUCUAAUCAAGAUUUUCAAAAGCUAUGGGGACCCUUCCUGAAUUAUUUUAAAAGUCUUUGAAUUGUUAUUGUUUUUAAAAUAUAGAUCUGGGCCAUUAUUAUAAAACACUAUAUGGUAAAGUACUCUUUUUUUCUCUUUUUUUUAACCAACCAGCUUUGUCUUGGUA